AUGAAGUCGCUCAACCAGCGGUACCGGGCGGCCAAGUUCGCCUCCUCCCUUCCUCCCACUCAUGCUCGCCUUUCGGUGCCAGCUGGCUGCUGCCACAUGCCUCCAGUUCUGACUGAGGAGGACUGCAGGACAGCCCUCGUGGUGGCCUUAGGCUGGCCUAGGAGAAGACCCACCUGUGACAUGGGCUCCUCUGUGGCUCUGGCCUCUGGAAGACAUGCAUGGUCCCUGUGGCCUGCUGAGGUCAAUGCCUUCCCCUUCUCGCUGCCCCUCCUUUCUCCUUUCAGCCAGUGUCUCUCCUGGAAGAGAAUCGUCGGCAUCUUUUUCUUGCCAUUUAUCUUACCUGGUUUUGCUCCUCGGCUUAAACAUAAAGAGGACCUUAUAGCUGGAAGAUCACAUCUGCUCCAGUCCAGGUUUAACUGGUCUCAUUUGACCCCUCUGGAGCUGAAGAACAGAUCUGUGGGACUUCAAACUAAAAGCACAGGUGGGGGCAAGCCACACUUCACCCUGGAGGGGCACAAGUUCCUGAUCUUCGGGGGCUCCAUCCACUAUUUCCGGGUGCCCAGGGAGUACUGGAGGGACCGCUUGCUGAAGCUGAAGGCCUGUGGCUUCAACACUGUCACCACCUACGUUCCAUGGAACCUGCACGAGCCAGAGAGAGGCAGAUUUGACUUCUCCGGGAACCUGGACCUGGAGGCCUUCGUCCUGAUGGCCGCGGAGAUCGGGCUGUGGGUGAUCCUGCGUCCGGGCCCCUACAUCUGCAGCGAGAUCGACCUGGGGGGCUUGCCCAGCUGGCUGCUGCGAGACCCCCGGCUGGAACUGAGGACAACCAGCAAGGGCUUCAUCGAAGCAGUCGAUAAGUAUUUUGAUCAUCUGAUUCCCAGAGUGAUUCCUCUCCAGUACUGCCGGGGAGGCCCUGUCAUCGCAGUGCAGGUGGAGAAUGAAUACGGUUCCUUUAAUAAGGACGAAAACUACAUGCCCUAUCUUCACAAGACCCUGCUGCAAAGAGGCAUUGUGGAGCUGCUCUUGACCUCCGAUAGUGAGACAGAUGUGCUGAAAGGCCACAUCGAAGGAGUGUUGGCCACUGUCAAUUUGAAAAGAUUUCACAAGGCUGCUUUCAAUCAGCUUUACAAAGUCCAGAGGGAUAAGCCACUGCUGAUCAUGGAAUACUGGGUCGGCUGGUUCGACAAGUGGGGAGAUAGGCACCAUGUUAAAGAUGCAAACGACGUUGAACACACUGUGUCUGAAUUCAUCAAAUAUGAGAUCUCCUUCAACGUUUAUAUGUUCCAUGGUGGAACCAACUUCGGUUUCAUGAACGGGGCCUCAUAUUUCGGGAGGCACAUUGGUGUUGUCACUAGCUACGACUAUGACGCUGUGCUGACAGAGGCCGGAGAUUACACAGAAAAGUACUUCAAACUUCGAAAACUCCUUGGUUGUGUCUCAGUAAUUCCCCUGCCCAGCUUACCUGAACUUACUCCCAAGGCUGCGUACCCUCCUGUGACACCGUCGCUCUACCUGCCACUGUGGGAUGUCCUCCAGUACUUAAAUGAGCCAGUGAAGUUGAAUCAACCAGUCAACAUGGAGAAUCUUCCUAUAAACAAUGGAAGUGGCCAGUCCUAUGGGUUCAUCCUUUACGAGACCCCCAUCUGCUCCAGAGGCUACCUCCAUGCUCUUGUUCAUGACACGGCACAGGUAUUUUUGAAUGAGAGAAUUGUAGGAACUUUGAAUGGGUUAACUGGGUCUGUCACCAUCAAUAACACUCCCCUGGAAAACUUCACUGUCUAUUCUCUGGAGAUGAAAGCGAGCUUCUUUGAGAGGCUCCGCUCUGCCACCUGGAGGCCUGUCCCAGGUAGAUAUCUGGGCCCUGCCUUCUACCGUGGUACCUUGAGGGCUGGCUCUUCUCCCAGGGACACCUUCCUGAGGCUGCUGAACUGGACUUAUGGAUUUGUGUUCAUCAAUGGACGGAACCUUGGGCGAUAUUGGAAUGUUGGGCCUCAGAAAACACUUUACCUUCCUGGUACCUGGCUUCAUCCAGAAGACAAUGAGAUCAUCCUGUUUGAAAAGACGAUGAAAGGCUCAGACAUCCAAUCUAUAGCCUAG